AUGCUACGACUCAUCCCAAUCAUAGCCUCGCUAGCAACAGGCGUCAUCACCGCCGCAUUCCCCAACACCGACAGCACAAUCCAACUCCCCCUCGUAAUCUGGCACGGCCUAGGCGACGACUUCGAACGCGACGGCCUCCAAUCCGUCGCCGACCUAGCAACAACCACAAACCCAGACACAUACGUCCACAUAAUCCGACUAUCCGACACAGGCAGUGGCGACCGCCAAGCGACAUUCUUCGGCAACGUAACCGAACAAAUCUCAACAGUCUGCGCCCAACUCGCCUCAAACCCAAUCCUCAAAUCCGCACCCGCCAUCAACGCACUCGGUUUCUCCCAAGGAGGCCAGUUCCUCCGCGGCUACAUCGAACGCUGCAAUUCCCCACCCGUCCACAAUCUCGUCACAUUCGGCAGUCAACAUAACGGGAUUUCAGAAUUCCAGGACUGCAAAACGGGUGAUUGGAUUUGUAACGGUGCCGAGGCACUCCUUCGUUCGGGACAGUGGACGGAUUUCGUUCAGAGUCAUCUCGUCCCUGCGCAGUAUUUCCGUGAUCCUGAAUCUUUGGAUGACUAUCUGAAUCACAGCAACUUUCUCGCGGAUAUAAAUAAUGAGCGGGAAUUGAAGAAUGUGGACUAUAAGAAGAGGUUGGGGUCGUUGAAUCGGUUUGCGAUGUACAUGUUCGAUGAGGAUACUGUUGCCGUGCCGAAGGAAUCUGCGCUCUUUGCUGAGGUUAAUAUUACCAGUGGGGCUGUGACGCCGUUGCAGGAACGCGCGCUUUAUAAGGAGGAUUGGCUUGGGUUGAAGAGUCUUGAUGAUGCAGGUAGACUGGAGUUCAAGUCUGUUCCUGGUCAGCAUAUGCAUUUGACUGAGAAGGUUCUGGAGAGGACUUUCAAGGAGUAUUUCGGUCGUGUGAAGGGGAAGGAGUUACGGGCGCAGGAGGAGGGACUGUCUGAGAAGGAGACUGUCAGUGAGGAGUCAAAUUAUCGGUCCCAGGGCUUGUUGGCUCAGAUGCAGCCUGGCUUUUAA